GGAAAAGCUGGGAGGACAUCCGGUUGCAGAGGACUGGAGAGGAUCAGGCAAGGCUGGAGCAGUAGGGCUGUAUUUGUUGGGAAGCCGGCUGUUUCGCAGCGCUCUGUCCUGUUUGAUGUGCAGUGCGGCGAAAGUAGCGAUUUGCUUUAGUUUAUUUGUGAUAAUGUCAAAGGUGGGGUCAGUCGCAGCUCGAUUCAAAUCGAUAGAUUAUGAGAUCAGUGGCCGAGUGCAGGGGGUCUGUUUCAGAAUGUACACAGAGGAUCAGGCUAGAAAACUUGGUGUGGUGGGAUGGGUUCGAAACACGAGAAGAGGAACUGUAGAGGGACAAGUGCAAGGAAAAGAAGAACUUGUAAACUCAAUGAAGAAUUGGUUAAGCAAAGUGGGAAGUCCAAGCUCUCGCAUUGACCAAGCACAUUUUUCAAAUGAGAAAGAGAUCUCCAAACUGGACUUCAGUAAUUUCACCACCAAAUACUAAUAGCAUGAUCUUACAUUGCUCCCCAGUUCACAGCCAAAGCAAUCAGUUGGAAUUGUGUUAGCAUUGUUCAUAUUCAACUGAGUGCCUCUAACUGCAUGACUGCUGCUUAUUGGAAAAGCUUUUCUUUCUUACUAAAACAAGCAAAUAUCUACUGUUCAAAAGAAGUGAUAUGAAAAAAGAUUGCACUAAUAUACAAAGGGAUACUACCUUGUAGAACUGUAAACUGAGGAUGAUUUUUUUUCUCAAAAGAUGCUGUUAAGAGAUCACGUUCAUCAAAUUAAAAAUAAACUCCCGUGGAAGCACACUGCUAUUCUGUCCUCACUUGAAAACGUUUAUUUUAAAAAUAUGAACCAAUUAGUUUUGCAGUCACAAUAUAUAAAUAAGAAAAUAGGAAUAAAAAUAAGUUAACUGUCGACUGUGGUAUUCAAGUCAUUUUUAAUUAUUGUGUAUUAAAUUGCUUUGAGAGCAUUAAAAAAUUCCAUUAUGUCUCCAAAAGCUAGUGUUAUAUAUAUGAUUUAACAUUCUUUGCGUUGGUCAAGUAGUAAAAAUGUUUUAAACUUA